AUGGAAUGCCAUGGUAAUAAGCUUAUUUUUCUAAAAAUACCAAAGAGUGUUACAGGAGAGGUGGAGAUACGAGAGUUCAGCAACAAAAGCGCAGCAGGCUCUGUCUUGCUCACACAGGACAAAACAUACAGGCUGGUGUGCCGCGAGAACAGCAACACCUUUUUAAUGAAAAGCGAGGACGCGCUGUCUAAGAUAAACAUGUGUCUGGAGUGCAGAGAGCUCAAGUACGGAGAGAAAGAGAUAGUGGACAUUCUGCCUGAAGUGAGUUUGGUAACUGUGAAAAACGCAAAUUUGUAUAUUCCCAAGGAGAGAGUGAUGUCUCUGUAUCCGAUGACAGACGCAGAGUACAGUGCUAUUCUGCACAAAAACCGAUCAGUGUGGAGAGAUGUCUCGGGAGCCCUGUACUUUGCCAAAGUGGAAACUAAGUCGGUUAUAGAGGUUCUUCUUUUGGCAAGGAGUCUGGCAAUCAGCAAAGAAACAAAGGAUGGAGAAGAAAUAAAAAAGGCAUUUGUUGAGAUACUGCCAGAAAUACUCUUCCAGAUAGUAGAGUUCUACAUAGAAGACGGGUCUAUAGACGAUGCAAGGGUCAAACAAGAUCUUAUAGGCCUUUUUAAGCAGGUAUCCGCAACAGAAGCUGAGUUUAACAGAAGUAUAGCUAUCAACGGGCUAGUGUAG